AUGAAUCAUAAGUCGCAGAUUGUGAUAUAUUUUGUGGUGAGCAACGUAAUUGCGUUUAGUUGUAUUUACCAUGGAUUCAAUAGUCAUCCGAAUUAUUUCCAGGCAGUUACAUAUUUGUCUCAGGGAUUUAAUUUGAUUAUAUUGACAAAUUUUGUUAUAAUUUAUUCGUUAUUGAUCGUCCGGUUGUUGCAGAUAAUAUUUUUCGGAGCAUCAUUGAGAUUGAUUGAGAUUGAGCAUAUAUAUGAAAGGCUCUGGAUAUCGAUUACAAAUAGUUUUAUCUCCUUGGCCACAUUUCGAAACGAGUAUGGGAUUUUGAUUAAUUUUUUCACGGCGUUAUUAUUGUUUGUUAAAGUGUUCCAUUGGAUAUUGUUUGAUCGGAUCAAUUUCAUGUAUCAGCCAAACAAUACAAUUAAUAAUAUUGAAAACCAAGAUGAAGAGUACGAGGUUAGUUUUAUUAAAAUUUUCAAAAAGCUAUUUAUCAAUCGGAUAAGCAUUGUUGUUAUGUUAAUGAUCUACGUUGAUUUAAAGUUGAUAGGAUUUUGUAUAAACCAGUCAUUUAAGAAUUCUACCAAUGUCUUCAUAUUUUUCUCCUUUGAAUUUUUUUUGUUGUUUAUUGAGAUAAUCUACUAUAUUUUAAAGAGUCUAAUUAAUUUGGUGGAGAUUGUUUAUUUGAUCAAUCAUCCACAUGAAGAGAGUUUGGAGGAAAAGUCAUUUUAUUUGCAUAUAAUUGAGAUUGUGCAUUUGUUUUUAAGGUCGUUGACAUAUAUUUUGUUGUUUUUGUUAUUGAUUGAUCCGUAUAACUUCCCGCUACAUUUAAUCCGCGACUUUUAUUUGAGUUUGUCGAGGUUUAUUAAGAAGACCAAGCAGUUUAUUGAGUUUAAUAAGAACAGUAAAAAAUUGGAUUCAUGUCUAGUAGAUGCAACCGAAGAAGAGUUGAAAAAUCAUGAUAAUUUAUGUAUAAUCUGUCGGGACGAUAUGACAACUAUCGAUAUACCAACUGGAACAAGGUUGUAUCCUAAAUUAUUAAAGUGUGGGCAUAUUAUCCAUUUAGGCUGUUUGAAAAAUUGGUUGGAGAGAUCACAGAGGUGUCCUAUGUGUAGAGCUCCAGUUUUUCAAGAUUCAGCAGCACCAAGAGACACUACAAGAAACGCUACAAGAGAUGCUUUGCCGGAAAACUCUCUAAUACCACCAGACUGGACCAUCCUUCCGCUUCGUCGUGCAAAUAGAGGCACUAUCGGGCGUGUGGGCGAGACCUCUGAAACAACACAGACCACACAAAUAGAAGAAGCAGGGGAAGCAGAGGAGGCAGAGUGGGAGGUGGCGCUCAGCGACUCCUGCUGGGUCCACUUGAAGAAGGAGUGA